AUGUCAGACGUUCUCACACAGUCAGGCAUACAAGACCUUCUCAAACGCAUUAGAGACCUCGGUCCUAUAUGCGAAGAACACCUCAGAAGAGGACUUUAUGACUCAACCACUUUCGAGUGGAAAGAACAAGGCAUCCUAGGAUUGCCCAAGAACGCUGAACAGAUUAUUCCUCCGUGGCACCCAUCCAGCCCAUACCUUACCGAUCGUCGAAGCGCUAUGGCGUGGUUCUAUCGCGAAUUCGGCGUGAUCGGGUUCUGGUACUGGGUGGGGCAGAUUGCUCGUCAAGAGAUAGCUGCGGAGGAAGAGGCAAGUGAAGUCAGCAAGCAUGACUCGAGCUGGGACAAGAUCCUGAAGGAUCACGAACUCGAUGCUGACUCAAGGAUGCUGUACUACCUCUCUGCUAUACCGCCAGAGAACAUUGACUCCCAGUACUGGUGCACUGGUUGCAACAAGUACGACUACCAACAGGGUAGGGCGCGGUACCUGGACAACGCCAAUCAAGAGGAGAGCAUUCGGCUAUGGCUAUACGUACUGGAUGAUAAAAUCCUUAACGAUGCCAGACGCCGAUCUCUGGCGGAUCCGAACUAUCCUUUGCUCCAUGUCCCUCUCCGCCGCACGUUCCCGUACGCUGGUCUCAGUAUCAACGUCGCUUCAAGGGCCACUGCUCACCACGGACACACUGGAAGUGAGUGUAUUGUGUACGGACUCUUCACAGCAGUUGUCAGGUGGAAGUACGGCCGUCAAUUUGACGUGAUCCACUUCACGUACCAAAUCCUCAAGAACGUACGUCCGGACGAUAUUGGGCUGUUGGAGAUCCUCGGCUCAAUCAUCGCAUCCGCGUAUACCUGGGAUACCGGUCUUUCUGCCAACUUUGCUGGCCUUCAAAGAGGAAAUAAGGCAUCAGACCCUCCCCCUACGUACUAUCAAGAUCUCCGCACAAACGCUCUCGAAUUCCGUGAUUCUGGCAUUCAAAACCAACAGAUCACCGAAUCAAUCCGGAAGAUCGAGGAGUGGAAGCAAUUCACACCACUAAUGCAACAGAUGCGUGCGGAAAGACCUGACUACAGAAGCUUAGUCAACGAGAACGAAGCCAAGAUGCAGCAGCUUGUUCAGCAGGCUGAAGCUCUCGAGCUCAACUUGCAAUUGACUGAGCUCGACGAACUAGCGAAGGAGUAUGAGGCUGAGAAAAGAGCCAAGUAA